AGUGACAUUUGCCGUUGCGGUUUGGGACAGUAGGCGAGGCGUCUCUGCAAACAGGUGUGCGACUGCCCAAAACAGGCACACAUAAUACGACUUUUUUCGCCUUGUUCAGCGGAGGUGGACCUCCAGCACCGGUGUCGAAGCGAUCAUCCUCGUAGCGGGACAGGGAGAGGAGGGGGAGUCUACUAUCGUUUUCAGGCGUUGUAGUUGCAUUUGAUCGUUGCGAAAAGGGGCUCGCGGCUCACAAAGAGGAAGGGAUGGCAACUAAGAAACCAUGCGCGGAUUUAACAAAAAGGAGCCGAAGUCCCGUCGUGCUAGAGGCAGAGAUGUUCAGCGAAUUUCAGGACUGGUGCCUCCGGACUUACGGAGACUCGGGUAAAACAAAGACCGUGACGCGCCGAAAAUACAACAAAAUCAUGCAGACCCUGCUACAGAAUGAGGAGUCGGACGGUGUCUAUGUCGACAACAGCCACAUCAACGCCAAAUUCAAAUUCUGGGUGAAGUCCAAAGGCUUUCAGGUCGGCAGCAACAUCUUGGGCGAGCACAACAAGAAAGAGCCAUCGGGGAAGCCCGUCCUGUACGUCCCUGUCAAGUCUACGUGUUCAGAUGGAGGGGCGGCCCAGGACAGCUCUUUAAAGCGGGUUGCUGUGGUGGAGGAUUUUUUUGAUAUCAUCUAUGCCAUGCACGUUGAGAUGGGGGCAGAUCCCGGACGAGCACCCAAACACGCCGGCCAGAAAAAGACCUAUAAGGCGAUUGCAGAGACCUACGCAUUUCUUCCACGUGAGGCGGUGACCCGUUUCUUGAUGAGUUGUGGAGAAUGCCAGAAAAGGAUGCACAUCAACCCCAGCACGGCAGAGUUCAAAGAGAACGACAGGCCCACCUCUCUGGUCCCAGACCUCAUUGAUUACAACAUGCCUCUCACUGCCACCUAUCUAAAACAGAUGAAACUACAGUGCAUGAACACCAAUGAGCAGGAUGAGAGUUCGGUAAGCAGUGAGGAUUUGGACAUGGCUGAGCCCGCGUGGGUCUCUACUGAGCGUGCUCCAGCCGCAGAGCCCAGCAGCCCCACCGCCCCAUACACAGAGAGGAUGCCUACACCCCCACAGCCCAGCAUUAAAGAGGAAGAAGAUGAUUCCUCUUCAGAGAAUGGCAGCACAGCGAACGGUCUGCCUGCACUGACUCCGCCUGGCGCUGCUGCCAUGGCGACAGGAGGAGUUCCUACAUCUGAGGGGGUGGUUCCAUACGGAGAGGUGAACGGUAAUGGUGCCGCAGCACCGCUGGACUUCAGCACCACUUCAUCGUCCUCUUCCUCACAGGAGGGACAGCAGCCAGUCAACCUGAGCGACAGACUGGCGCUCGGAUCCUACGCAUCUGACCCCAACAGAAAAUUCCCUGUCAAAACUGAGUACGGUAACAAGUCCCCUCAGUACAGCUCAGGAAGCUAUGACUCUGUGAAGACGGAAUUGAGCACGUGCGGGGAGGACAUGACCCCGGGCCGCUCUCAGGUCAUAGAUGAUGAUGAUGAUGAUCACGAUGACCAUGACGACAGCGACAAGAUAAACGACGCUGAGGGACUGGACCCUGAACGACUUAAAGCUUUUAAUAUGUUUGUGCGGUUGUUUGUGGAUGAGAACUUAGACCGGAUGGUUCCAAUCUCAAAGCAGCCCAAAGAGAAAAUCCAGGCCAUCAUCGAGUCCUGCAGCCGUCAGUUCCCAGAGUUCCAAGAACGUGCUCGCAAACGUAUCCGAACCUACCUCAAAUCCUGCCGCCGCAUGAAGAAGGGUGGCUUUGAGACACGGCCCACACCCCCUCACCUCACCUCCGCCAUGGCUGAGAACAUCCUCGCAGCAGCAUGUGAGAGCGAAACACGGAAUGCAGCUAAGAGGAUGCGCCUUGAUAUCUAUCAGGCCCAUGAUGAGUCAGCUGCAGCAGACAAGUCCAACUCCAGAGAUCCGGCUGCUCUGGCGCACUCAGGCUUCACACUGGCUGCCUCGGCCUACUCCCAGGACCAACUCUACACCAAUGGUGGACUUAAUUACAGUUUCCGUGGAUACGGGACCAUUGGAAACAGCCUUCAAAACAAUGGCACAUCACAAACCAAUGGUCCCACUGAUCUCAGUAUGAAAUCUUUGGCAUCCAACAGCACUUCCUCCUCCAGUUCAAACAGUCAUGGUCAGGGUGGAGGGGGCGGAGGGGCAUCUGCCCAGCUCAGCCCGCCUGAGGUCACGGCUGUUCGGCAACUGAUUGCGGGUUACCGCGAGUCUGCGGCCUUCCUGCUCCGCUCUGCCGACGAGCUUGAGAACCUCAUACUGCAGCAGAACUGAGAACUGCACACAGGCUGGUGCUGCCCGUCUCUUUCAUUAACACACACAUAAACGCACACUAUGACAGGAAAGAUACAUGUAGCUAUGUGCACUUACAUACAUAUACACACAAAGCCCAUAGGCAAAGUUUGACACCACAGGGGGAGCAAAGUGGGGGGAUCAAAAGAAGCUGUAUCUAAAGGCGCACAUACAGGGUACAAAAUUGAGAACAUUUACCAGCCAUAAUGAUCUCAGGUUCACCGGCCAUGAACCUAUAUUUGCAUAAUUUUUAAACAUAACAUUUAUUUAAAUGUAAAUUAUUUAUUAUUAUUAUUAUUGCAUAUUUACUAAAAAUCAAAGCACAGCAAUGUUUCUUAUAUGAACUGCUACCUCUCAUUAAAACUUUAAAGUAAUUAUAAGGUUCUGAGAUAAAAACCUUGAGGUCUUUCUUGCAGUGUAACCAUUUAUUGGAUUGGCAACAUAAUUGGCAACAUAAUACUUGGGUUUCAUUUUAAUGUUAUUGCACUGUAGUAAACUGUCAAAAUAUAAAAAUCGUGUAUUAUGUUAUUCUCAGUUAGGCACUUAGCAAGUAUUAUUUUUUGGCUGAUACUAAAGUGCUUUACACAGGCCUGUUAAUACACAUCAAGAAAAUAAAUGUACUCAAACAGAAACUGCAGUCCCUAGAAUCAAUGUUUAAGGCACUUGAAGUAUCUUGUUGAUUCUUGUGCACAGCAAAAAUAAUUUGUUGACACCAAACAAGAAAAAGCUCAUUUUGACCACAAAAAUGAUACGUUAGUGAUACGUUCAUAUAUUUACUGAUAUAAUUUAUUAUAUUAUAAUUUAUAUAACUUAUAGCUUUUAUUUUUAAGCUUUACAAAAGCAAAGUUAAAACAGCUCCAGACUCGAAUCCCCCAGUACCCCAAACUCUGCCUAUGCUCGUUCUAUAAACCUACCUAUCAAACAUUGCUCAUGACAGCUUUAUGUCCAUGAUAGUGUCUUUAUCCAAUUUCCUUACCCUAGAGUUCAGCGAGGCUUAAUCCUUUUCCGAGGGCUGAGAUGACUUGUUAAACGUUGUUUUAAUGAUGAGAUGAUCAGAACACAAAGUAAGGGGUGUCUGUACUCACAGCAGCAUUACAAGCGUCUUGCACAGAGCACAAUCACACAGUGAGAGCUAUCAGUCCACCACAGAGAGUCCAGACUUUUGAGACACACACAAAAAAAAAAUCUGUAAUUUUAAGAGUGAUGCCCAAAACACACAAAAUGAUGUCAUCUUCUGCCUUUUUUACGCUAUGGCACAAAAUAUUAUAUGUUAUCCUAUAUGAUUCCUAUAUGUCAACGGCAUAUUGUUUUAUAGAAUUUGAAAAAGUUGUUCUCUUACCAUAGACAUAUCCAUGCAGCAGCUUUGCUCCAGAUUUAGCCAUUUUAGAUAUAGAACAGAUCUAAGAGAAAAGGGUUUUUGUAAGAUCUCUCUUCUUCUGUUCAAUGCUGAUGAGGUUUGGGAAGAAGGUGCAAUGUAGAUGAUAAUCGUUAUAGUGCAUCAGUGUCUGAAAAUCUAUCGUUUUCAAUCAUAAACACAUUACCAGAUGUCUUUUGUACACAUAUAUAUAUAUAUAUAUAU